AUGCGCUCAGCUAUAGCUCAGGGCGGCUUCACCCUCGCGCACUCUGCCAUAGGUACCUCUGCAGCAGCUGCCGCCCAAGCUCCAAGUGCCACCUGUGAGUAUGACUACGUGUUAAACUGCCAGCCUCUGGCCCACCGUAGCGGUCUCGCACUCGCAUUGUCCACCCACACGCUGCAGCUGCGCAGCCUCGAGACGUUGGCGUUGUGCCACGAGUUUUGCGCGCACAAGAGCACGGUCCAUGAGGUGUGGACGUCACGCGUUUCACCACAUCAACUGGCCACGUGCUCGAGCGACAAGUGCGUGAAGCUGUGGGACACACGCAUGGCGCUGGCAGCCAUGGAGGUGCCAGUGGGUUGCGAAGUCUGGAGUCUCUCAAUUGGGUGCGAAGAGACGCUCUUGGCAGUGGGAACGGAUGAUUGCGUGCUGUUGUACGACGUGCGCACGGGCUUGAAACUCGUCGAGUACAGCGAGAGCCACGUCGACGCCAUCACGCAAGUGCGGUUCCAUCCAACCCAGUCGGCGUUUGUCGCCACGGCUUCAGAAGAUGGGGUCGUGUGUUUGUUUGACUGCCGCAUCUCGGACGAAGACGAUGCGCUCGAGAGCAUCGUGAAUGUCGAGAGCGCUGUUGCGACCUUGGGUUUCUUUGGUCUACAGAAGGAGAAGAUCUACUGCCUCACGGGCACCGAGACACUUGAUCUCUGGAAUAUCUGGACAGCAGAAAGACUGCAUCACUACGACACGAUUCGAGACGAUUGCAACGGCAAUAACGUGGCAACGGACUAUCUCAUUGACUGUGUGUACGACGAGUGCUCGGACGAGCUCUUUCUGCUGGCUGGUAGCCACGACGGCAACUUGAACGCGAUCAAGAUUGGCGUCGAUGCUGCCUCGAAGGGAAAACUACAGCAUGUUGCGGCGCUUAAUGGUGGCCACAAAGCUUGCGUGCGCUGCAUGUACUAUGACAGAGAAAGCACGACGCUGUACACGGGAGGGGAAGACACAAGGCUUUGCAAAUGGACGGCACCCGGUGUAGCUGGUGCGUGGUCCGGUUCUCUUCCAAAUCUGUCGUCAACUACUUCCAGUCGAAAAGCGACGGGUCUGGACCAUGCAGGUAUACGAAAAGCCCGCAAGUCUUCGCGUCCAUACUAG